AAUGGAUUUAAAUUCAGAAGAAAAUAAGAAAAAGCUUAAUGUAGCUUUCUAAUAGAUGAAAACUAAAAUUUAAGUAGAGGAAAGAAAGGCUUCAGAAGAAGAAUAGAAGAGAAUUGAAUUUGAAGAGAAAUGUCAUACAUUAAAUAACUAAAAAACAUAGCUUGAUCAAAAAUUAGCUAAAACUGAAUUAGCUUUUAAAAGGAAAUGUGAAGAAUUACUUGAAAAAGAAGAAAAAUACAAUGAAUUACAGAGAAAGUUAGAUUUUUUUAAUGUAAAUCUAUAGUAAAAACCCUUUAGAUGAAUGAACCAAAAAAAGGAUUUUUUAAUUUUGGAAGUGAUGAAAAUAAAUUGUAUAGAAAAAAGCUAUUUGAUUUUUAGCAAGAAAUAGAAAUAAAGACAAAUGAAUUAUAAAGACUUCAUGAACUAUUAUUUGAUACAAAAAAGAAUCAUGAUGAAACAGAAAAGCAUUAUUAAGAAUAGAUUAGUAAAUUAGAAUGUAAUAUAUAAAUGUAGAUUGAGACAACUGAAAAAGAAAAGAAACUUAAAUAAGAAUUAGAAAAAUAAGUAUAAUAAUUAAAUUAAAGUAUAAUAAACAAAGAGUAAGAACUUAAAGUAUGUAAAUAAUAAUUAAAUGAAUAAGAUGAUGAGAUUAGAUAACUUAAAGAAUAAUUAUAAUAGUAAUAAUAACUUUAUAACGAAUUAUAAAUUACGUUAAUUCACAAAAAAGAAGAAUUAAAAAAGAAUUAUUAAGAAACAGAUUAAUUAAAAGUUACUUUAGCAUCUAUAAAAGAGAAUCUAUUCAACAUCAUCCCAUAAUUAGAGAAUGAAUCUUAAAAUUCUUAAAUAGUAUUAGGUCUCAAAUAAUUUGUUGAUAAGACUUUUGGAAUUGAUAAACAACGUGAUUAAAAAGGUAAUUUACAAUAUUAUAAAUAUAGUUAAUUAAAUAAAAUAAGAACAAGAACUUUAGAAAGAAUUAUUAGUUUAAAAAGAUAGCUAUUAAGUAUUUUAGAAGGCAAAAGAUAGAAUUAUAAAAAUGGGAAAAAAUAUGGAGUAAUUAGAAAAGAAAAAUAAAAUGUUAUAAGAUCGAAUUUAUAUACUAGAAAAUAAAAGAGUACAAGGAAAAGGUUCAGAAUUUUUAAGUGAUAAAAUAAGUGUAAUGUGAUAAAUUUUUUUUAAUGGAUAUUAUUUAAUAUACUUUCAUAUUAUAAUGGCAUACUUAGAACAAUUUAGAAUAAAAUCUUAACAUAGUUUAAAAAUUCUAAUAAAUAAAAACAAUUUCCAUUUAGUAGUUAAUGUCUCAAACUGAUAGCACAAAAACAUCAGGUUAAAAAGUUAAGAAAUCUUUAAUCAGUCCAUUAAGAGAAGCAUUUAAUCAUUUUACAAAAUCAUAUAGAUUCUACAUUUCUAAUGAAGAAUAAAUAAUUGAAGUAGUAAUAGAUUUACCUUCUCAAACUGAGCUUGUGAUUGCAAUCAGCCGUGCCUUAUAAUAAGCAAGCAAGGAUUAUCCAAUUGAUUAAAAUCCUAAAAAUUAUGAAGCUUAUAUAGCAAAAAAGAAUGGAAAACCUAAAACUGAUUUUCCUUCAUAUUCUAUUGAUCUUAAAAUGGAGGAGACUUAAAAUUUUGUAUUCUCUCUUGUUCAUGUAACAUUUUAAGAAAGAAAGCCAAAAAGAAAAUCUACUUAUGAUUAUACAAACAACUACAGCCCAAUCAAACAAGGAUAAACCAAAGAUAUUGAUGAAAUCAAAGGACAAAAGAAUUGGCUUCUUAGAUUUUUGGGUUGUGGUUGAU